GCGAGAGAGGCCAUGCCGUCCAGCCGACGAUUACGGGAGAGACUCGGUGGGUCCCCCUCCACUCUCUACAUACCCCCACUGCUCUCUCUCUCUCUCUGUCUUUCUCCUGUGCUUUUUUUUGGUGUUUGUGGGUGUGAAGGUUUUCGCUGUUUCAUUUCAUGGCGUCGAAUCGCGAGGGACACUACAGAGGGGUGCGAAAGAGGCCAUGGGGUCGCUACGCCGCCGAGAUACGCGACCCAUGGAAGAAGACGAGGGUUUGGCUCGGCACCUUCGACACGCCAGAAGAGGCUGCGCUUGCCUACGACGGUGCCGCUCGCUCCCUCCGCGGACCUAAGGCCAAGACUAACUUCCCGCCUCCGGUCACCGCCGCCGGCAUCCCCCUCGACCUCAACCUCCCCUCCUCCGGCCGUCUCGUCCUCGGCGAGUUCCUCCACACCGGCGUCCUCAAAGACCAGCUUCCCGACACCUCCUCUUCGUCUCCGUUCCCGGUUAAGCGAGAGCCUCAGGUUUCUGUCUCCGCCAGUGGAGCCUCGGUGCCGGAGACCUCCGCCACGGCGUCCUUUCUGGGGCUCGUACGCCGCGGCUUGCCUAUUGAUCUCAACGAGCCUCCUCCGUUUUGGCUUUGAGCGAAUGCGAGAGCUCAUCGGCUGGACCUUUUUUUAUGGCGUAGUUUUGCUCUCUCAUAACUGCUUUAAUUUCCUCUUGUUCUACUCCCCAUUGUCUAGAUUUUUGUUUUCCUUUUCCUCUGUGUCGAGGCUUUGAGAGCGAGCAACCCAAAAAAAAAAAAAAAAAAAAAAAAAUGAAGAAAUGAAAACCAUAUGUAUAUAUAACCCUAUGUUUUUGGUUUUUGUUUCCAUGAGAUACUUUCGAGUUCUUGCUUUUGUUUGGUUUCAGUUAAUCUACUUCGUGUUCUAGAAA